UCUUUUAUGUCUUUUAUUAUUAUUGGACGCCGGCUUGUUUCUUUUCUGUAUUUUCACGUAGUUUUGUAAUUUUUCACAUCUUUUGAUCAGCAUUUGUGAAUAAGAUGAAAUGUAUUAUUACAUUAAUUCAAGUUCUAUUGAUAUCGAACGUUUGCCUCGCGACAUUAUCGCCACCGUCUGAUAAAAAGUCUCAAAAAGGUGGUAAACCUGUUAAACCUCAAGAGGGUUCGAGGAAGAACAAUGUUUUGGAUCGAAAGCUGGUCGUAGAGACCCCAUAUGCUAAAGAUAUUCUUAAAUAUCAUGCCACGUACCACCAGGAGACAUCGUUUCGAAAUUUCAAGAAUACUGUACUGGGUUAUGUUACACCGUGGAACAAUAAAGGAUAUGAUGUAGCGAAAACAUGGGCACCCAAGUUCAAUUACAUCUCUCCAGUAUGGCUGCAAAUCAAGCGACAAAGCCCACACAUUUACAUAAUAUCUGGUUUACAUGAUGUGGACCAUGCAUGGAUGAAAACUGUAAAGCAAAAAGGCUCAGCUAAUGGUUUAAAAAUUGUACCAAGACUGCUCUUUGAAAACUGGGAGCCAUCAGAUCUCAAAGCAUUUUUCUUGGAGCCAACAUCAAUAACCGAGCAAAAGGCUCUCAUUGAUGAAGUAAAGAACGCCUGCAAGCAGUGGAAGUUUGAUGGAGUUGUUCUAGAAAUAAUGUCACAGAUUGGAAAGUAUGUUGACAAAUCUGUCAAGUUUAUACAACAGUUUGGUCUCGAGAUGACGGAAGAGAAUUUACAUCUUAUACUAGUAUACCCUCCGUUCAGAGGGUAUCCAAGUGACGAGGUCUUUAUAGAGGCAUUCAAUGAAAUCUAUCCAUAUGUCAAUGCUGUAUCUAUCAUGACAUAUGAUUUCUCUAAUCCACAAAAACCUGGUCCAAACGCACCAUUAUAUUGGAUGAAGAUAUGUCUAGAUCAAUUAGUAGGCGAUGAAGAAAAUCCAUCAAAAAGAUCAAAAAUAUUACUAGGCCUCAAUUUCUAUGGUAAUUCGUACACAGCUAAUGGCGGCGGGCCCAUAGUUGGUACAGAGUAUAUUGAACUUUUGAAGAAUGCCAAAGCCAAUCAAGUACUGUCCUACAAUAAUAAUACUGCUGAAAACUAUAUUGAAGUUAGAACAUCCCAAGGCACGAAGAAGAUAUUCUUCCCUACACUCUACUCCAUCCAAAAGAGGCUAGACCUGGCGCGCGAGUACGGCACGGGCGUCGCGAUAUGGGAGCUGGGACAAGGCUUGCAAUACUUUUACGACUUACUCUGAUAUGUGAUAUUAAUAAUAAAUGAUUAAUUUAUUGUAUAA